CCAUGGCUUUUCAGAGAUAACCAAGACUGGUCUUGCAAUAACAUUGGCCAGAGCCCUCAGCACGUGUGAAUGCACUCCCUCGUGUCCAAAAGGCUUGUUUACGUCCAACCUGUUUAAAAGUACACCAACUGGAUCCUUCUCUACUGAUGGUCAAAAGAGAGGCAACUCUGGUUAUUAGGAUUUCCACAAUGCUUCUCCGCUCGGGCCGCAAAAAGCCAUAUGAAGCAUCUCUCCGUAGAAGGCAGUCUGGUAAGAGGCAAGCUCUGUUGAAAACUGUGAAAGCAGCUCCUCAGAAGUCAGGUAAUUCUUUACUGACAGUGUUUAGUCUCCGAAAAACACUAAAAUGCUAUAUACUGACUGAAGAUUCAAAAACAGUGCAUUUUGACAUAGAUGAAGAUGGUCAUCAUGAAAUAUCAACAAAGGAUUCCCAAUCUCAUGAAGAUAUUGCCUGGUUAAGUGUGUUCACAAAGAAUGAACCAGCAGUUACUGAUUCAAAAAAUUUGGUGAUCCUCACACAGAGAUCAAAGCUUAAUGAAUUUAUCCUGUUGUGCAAGGGUAAGAAGCAGCUCUGUCUGAAGGUCUUAAAAGCAUCCUGUUCAGAGCCUGAUUACCCUUCAGUGGAAAGCUGCAACAGGAAAACAUGCAACCAUGAAGAUCCUGACUUCAAACAGCUGAGUGAAGAUAAUCAUUUUUUCAUCAUGCAUUACCAAGGAGAUUCAGUGCAGUUCCAGUGCUAUGAAGAUACAAGUUACUAUCUCUGUGUGAAUGACGAUUCUCUUGAUAUUCGCAAGCCAGGAAACAAACCCAAUGAGGACAAAAAUUUUUACUUCAGGGUGUCAUAUUUACAGGAAAAGUAGCUUUUCUACCUUUCUGUGUCCUAAGUGUUCUUGCAGCUCCUAUAAAAAGCUAACAGAGGGAUGACUGAGAUCAAUCAAUUUCCAUUUUAACUUAACUGUCUUUUUGUUGUUGUUGUAAUUUUUUGAGUCACUGUUUUGCAUUCUUUAUUUCUGUACUUUCACAGUGUCUUACUGAUCUUACUGUCUCUUUGUGUCCUACCUGCAUAGUGAUGGCUUUAUGGAGCUAAAUUCUUCCAGGAAAGGAAAAAUACAUAGGGGAUAUUUCAAAGACAGGAAAAAGGAAGGAAGCAUCCAUGAAUAUGAAAUACAAAGCACACUUAGUUUUCCAUGUGGUAAAUAUGGAAAACAUUUUCAAAAAAAUAUCUCUUAGGAGCUCACCUGAACUUGAAAACUUUUAUAAGUUAUUAAUGCAUAUGUUCAAGUUCUGACUGACUUAGGGAAAGGAGUGAAAAGGUAUUUCAGAUCUAAAUGAGAACAAAGGAAAAUACCGAAGGUUAGACUGAAGAUUCCUGUAGCUCCACAUCAUCUGAUCUACUCCAUUAUGCAAUUUCAGCAUCUAUACAGCAUAGCAGCUCUAUGUACCGUAUCUCAGUACACAUACACAUGUAGGCAGAAGGAGUGAGAUGCAUUGAACUGAUGAGGCAUUACAGAUACUUGUGAAAAUCAGCAAGAAAUUACUUUGACAUUUGGCUUCCAUUUCUGAAUUAUGAAAUCAUCAGGGAAAUAAAUCAUGAGUUCAGCUGCAAACAAAGAGUGAAGAACAACACUUGAAAAAAAAUCAAAUACUAAAAUUGACUGAAUAAGGUAAACACUAGGUAUUUGACGAACAGAAAGGAUAUCUGUCUUUUAGCACCAGGGUCUGUCAGGGUGCAAUGAUAGCUGCAGACUACCAUAGACCAUACUCUGUAAGGCACAAAGUAUAUAAGAGGAUACAAACCAAAAGUGUACACAGGAUCAUUAGAUGUUAAAGAUCUAAUUCUAUACUGCAGUGCAUGGAUUGCCACUGGGAUGAAGUGAUAAUUUCACUUCAUUUGGACUGUAAGUUGGGCAAGAGAGUUGAUCUGCUGGAGGGCCGGAAGGCUCUUCAGAGGGAUGUGGACAGGCUGUAUCAAUGGUAUGAAGAUCAAGAAGGCCAAGAGCCAGGUCCUGCGCUUGGGCCACAACAACCCCAUGCAAUGCCUGGGGAAGAGUGGUUGAAAAGCUACCUGGAGGAAAAAGACCUGGGGGUGUUGGUCAACAGCCACCUGAACAUGAGCCAGCAGUGUGCCCACAUGGCCAAGAAGGCCAAUGGCAUCCUGGCUUGUAUCAUCAAGAAAAGUGAUUGUCCCCCUGUAUUUGGCACUGGUGAGGCCACACCUUGAAUACUGUGUUUGGUUCUGGGCCCCUCACUACAGGGGGGACACUGAGGUGCUUGGAAUGUGUCCAGAGAUGGGCAACAAAGCUGGUGAAGGGUCUGGAGAACAAGCCUGAUGAAGUGCAGCUGAGGGAGCUGGGGGUGUUUAGUCUGGAGGAGGCAGAGAGGAGAUGUGAUCACUCUCUACAACUACCUGAAAGGAACUUAUAUUGAGAUGGGGAUUGACCUCUUCUCCCAAGUCACAAGUGACAGGAAAAGAGGAAAUGGCCUCAAGUUGUGCCAGGGGAGAUUGAAUAUUAAAAACAUUUCUUCACCAAAAGGGUUGUCAAGCAUUAGAACAGGCUGGCCGGGAAGGUGGUGGAGUCACCAGGCCUGGAGAUAAGUCACAUGUAGAUGUGGUGCUGAGGUACAUGGUUUAGUGGCAGACAUGAUAGUGUGAGAUUAGUGGUUGGACUUGAUGAUCUUAAAGAUCUUUUCCAACCAUAAUUAUUCUGUGAUUCUGUGUGUAUAUAAAUGAUAUAUAUAAUGAACCAAUGCCAAGGGGAUGUCCAGAUGCAUUGAAAGAACCUAAAAGCUACAUAGCACUUGCAGGAACUGUUUUCUUUAAAUGUAACAAAAAAUACAUAGCUGAAAUAAGAAUCUUAAUAUCAGACAGUCACAAUAAUGCACCUUACAAUAAGACAAUUAUCUAUAGUAGAUCAAACUCCAAACAUCUAUUACACCUUAAAAUGUUUAUCUUCUUUUUUUUGACUACUAGCAGUGUGGAGUUUUACUGCUGGGCUUGUUGUUAUUCUUCCAAUAGUUAAGAUCAUUCUGUUGCUUCUAAUGUUGGCCGAUCAGAAGAGAGCUUUUGAAUAUUCUCUAAAUAACACUUACAACUUCUGGAUUUGUUAAGUGUUCAGUGAUGUCAAGGUCAAUAAAACUCUAACUAUUGACUUCA